AUGUCGUCGCCGGCGACUCCUGCCGACCAUGGCGACGACGCCGACGCCCGCCCUCCAUCGCCGUCGCCGUCGCCGUCGCCGCCUCGUCAGGCCCCGACCACCACCAGCGCCUCGGCUGCCGCUGAUUCUGCCACCCAGAAUCCCGAGCUCGAUGUGCCAAAGCUGCAGUCGCUGCCCGCCGAGCAGCAGGACCUGUUCUUGCUGACCUCGGUUGCCGCCCUGCGGAAGCACGUCAAGAGCCUGGCCGCCGACGACUGCACUGCCCAGCAGUUCUACCUGAAGAAGGAGGUCUUCCAGAUCCUCAACCUCGCCGCGCCCUCGCCAAGCCGCGUAGUCAGGAACGACCUCGGCGCCAUCCUUGCCCACGUCUUUGAGAAGGGCGACCGGAAGCUGCUGUUCGAGACCAUCAAUGACCUCGUGGCCAUCAUUUCCAACUCCAAGGCCAAGACCGAGUCCGAGGUUCGGACGAGGCAUGCUGCCGUAACUUGUCUGGGCGACGUGUACGGCGCCGCCGGCGACAGCGCCAUUGGCCUCCACCAGCUUGUGUGCAGCACCCUGGUCAAGCUGCUCAAGUCCACCUCGAGCAAUGCUGGCUUGCGCGCCGCCAUCCUCGCCUCGCUGGCCAAGAUCGCCGCCAUGGUUGCUGGAAGCAUGGACGAGAGCGUGGCGCGAGAUGUCUGGAAGCAGGCCCGGAGCGCUGCGUCGGGUGACAAGGGCGCCGUGGCCGUCAUUGCUGCUUGUCGCUGCUUGAAGACCCUAUGCGGCUACACCUCCUACUUCGAGAACUCCAGUGACUUCGAGAAACUCAAGUCGGAUCUGUUCAAGACCAUGGACUCUACCUCUUCCCAGGUCCGACACGCUGCCGCCGAGUGCCUGGCUGAGACUAUGGUCAAGAGCCAUUCCGAACUUGGCGCUGCCGAGAGCGCAAUACCCAAGAUCAGGAAGCCCAAGUCCAAGGCCAGCAAGCGCGCUUCCGUUCAGCCAGGGGCAGGACUGGCCGAGGACGACGAUAUUCCCUCGCGUCCAGGAAGUCCAGCCCCUGGUGGUGGCAAGAAGUCCCAAAUCCUCGCGCUGACGCUGGUGGACAUGUUGAGGACGUUUUCCACUCACUUUGUCCGUUUGUCUACUACCAAUAGGGCCAGAACUGCCGUCGGCGUCUGCUAUGGGCGCCUGCUGAGGAAGCUUGGCGAGAGAAUUGUCGAGGUUAAUUAUCUCAAGAUUGUAGAGAACCUCACGGUUGACCUGUUGGGUAGCCCCAACAUCACGAACAACCGUUACAGACUGCUCAUGUCGCGGCGCAUCGUCGAUUCUAUCCUCCAGAACGUUGUUGGACGCAAGAUUCUUGGCGAAUCAGGACAGAUGGCCGCCGCCAGGGCUACCGUGACCAACGUCUUCAAGAAUUACCCACAGGCCUUGAAAGAGCAGCCGGAACCGAGCAAGCACACGCUGAUCGCCACCCUGGGCGCAGUGGCCUCUCUCAUCGACUCUGUAGGGGCAGCCGCCAACAACUUCGCCGAGUCCUGCCGCGACGGCCUCUUGCAGGUACUCCAACACCCCAGUUACAGCGUGCAGGUUCACGCUUCGCACUGCAUGAAGAGCUUCGUACGAGCCUGUCCGCAACAGCUGCUGCCUUGCCUCUCUGUGUGCAUGAACAGUCUUAGCCGGGAGCUCUCUCAACUGGGCACGGGCAGGAACUCUCCGAGGAGGUGCAUUGGAUUCGCCCACGGCCUGGCAGCGACUCUCAGUGUCAGCCCUCAGCGCCCACUUUAUGGGUCUGUUGAUAUCAAUAGCCGCGUCUUGACAAUGGCAACGAACCUCCUCAAGUCGAGCGGGAAAUCGGAGCUUCGCGUAUCAAGUACCCAGAUACAGGUUGCUUGGAUUUUGAUUGGCGGACUCAUGUCGCUGGGUCCUAACUUUGUCAAGAUCCAUCUGUCCCAGUUGCUUCUCCUGUGGAAAAACGCACUGCCAAAGCCGUUGGCCAAAGACAACACGGCCCAGCGCAGCCUGCUGGAGGCUUCCUUCCUAACCCACGUCAGGGAAUGCGCCCUCGGCUCCAUUCUCGCCUUUCUCCAGUUCAACAGCCGCCUCCUGACGGUUGAUGUCUCGAAGCGCAUUGCGACCAUGUUGCAGAGCACUGCGGCGUUCCUCAAGACACUCCCGUCCAAGAAGACAAGCGACGACAUCGCACAACGGCUGACUCCUGCGCUACAAUUGCAGGAUCUUGACCUAAUGGUCCAGCGGCGUGUCCUCCAGUGCUAUACCAAGUUGGUCAACCAGAGCCCCGCUGGCGGCAGUGAGGCGUUGCUGCAGUCAAAUCUACUUACAUUGGCAACGUCUCUAUUUGCAGACCCCGAGAACUACGGUGGUAACACGCUCAGUGCGUCCAUUGCAAAUGCUGCAGGCAAUUUUGAGUCUGUCUGGGAAGUCGGGGAUAACUCUGGGUUCGGAAUCACAGGCCUUGUAAGCGGCUUCAGGCUCAAGAAGCUGCCAGGUGAGCAAGUCACAUCCGCCAACGAGUCCUCUUCGGAGGAUGAAGACACCGAGCAAGUUCUCGAUGACCUUCUCAAGUCCCCAAUCUGCUCUUCCCUCGAGCAUGACGCAGCCCUGCUCUACGUGGGCAGCUCGCAAGAGUCUCCGGCUUUGCCAGAUCCACCAGCGACGGAGGUCGUCAACAUGGCUAUCCAGCUAUUCGCUUUUGUGUUCCCACUCACCCCGGCCAAAGUCCAGGAGAGUAUUCUUGAACAGCUGGCCUCAUUCAUGUCUGCCGGUGUCUUGCAACGAGACCCUGGGCGUAGGGCCGCCAUAAACGUCAACAUUGCGGCUGCUCUUCUCUCUGCACUCAAGGUAGCUUCCAAGGAGACAACAUCUGCUCCUGGCGACGUGACCAACUUGGCGGUAGAGAAACUUUUGCAGGAGAUUGUACGAGGUUUCGUGGUUGAUCCUGACCAGUACAUUCGCGGCAUUGGGUAUGCUGCAACCGCAAGGCUCUGCAAUACGUGCGGCAAUGCCUUCACCAACCAUGAGAUCAAGCAUCUUGUGGACACCAUCGUCAGCAACAGGGAGCCUAGUGCGCGAGCCGGUUGUGCGAUGGCUCUAGGGUGCAUUCAGGCCAAGGUGGGCGGCAUGGCUGCCGGCUACCAUCUCAAAACAAUAUUGGGAAUCCUCAUGUCUCUCUGCAAUGACCCACACCCUACUGUGCAUUACUGGGCACUUGAGGCCCUCUCGUUGGCGGCAGACGCUGCUGGACUAGGGUUCGCUCCAUUUGUGUCCAGCACCUUGGGUAUGCUGGCGCAAUUGUAUCUCUCGGAUACGCACCACCCGGAAGUCGCAUCACCCAUCUCGAUGAACCUAGAGAUAGAAUCUUCCACAAGCGGUUCCAUCACGCGUUGUGUGGACUCGCUGAUCAAUGUUCUAGGACCUGACCUACAAGAUUCGACCAAAUCUCGAGAGCUGAUUCUGACGCUCAUAGGCCAACUUCAGGAAGAGGAUGAUCACGCGGUCCAGCGCGCUAGCCUGGGUUGCUUGGAGCACCUGUCUCUCUACGCCCCCGGCAACAUGAUUUUUGUGGACUAUGUCAAGCUCUUGCAGAAGUACUUCAACAGUGAAGUCUCGACAUUGCGAGAUGCGGCCGUAGAUGGGCUCUAUAAUCUCAUGAAGAGAAACUCGAGCGAUGUUCUUGAAGCUGCUGAUCCCGGUUUCGAGGAUCAGCUAUGGCUGGUUCUCGACUCUUGCCCCACCCAUGAUGGUAUCCGUAAUAUAAUCCGUAACUGGAUACGCCAGACAUCGCUGAUGGAUACAUCUGCCUGGCUACUACGCCUUCAGAAUGUCCUCAAAUUGACAAGGACAAAAGCAACAGCCGAAACCAGAGAGGGUGCGGCCAGACCCACCGCUGUGGUGGAUCUUCAAGAUGAGGAGGUGGCCGGCUUCGCCGCCGCAACUGGCGGCUCUAAGGAUGAAAAGGAACAGACAGCGGGUUCAGAGGUCGAACCGUUGCGCUGGCAGGUCAGGACAUUUGCCAUGAGCUGUUUGAACGAGAUAUUUGUUCUCAUCAACAAGGACCUGGCCACCAACGGGGAGUCGCCUGCGCAGACUGCGCUGCAGGCUAGAAUUGCCGAAGUUGUCCGCAUGGCCUUCUCCGCUUCCACCUCGAGCGUUCUGGAACUCAGAAUCUGGGGCCUGAAGAUCAUCGGCGCCGUUCUACGAAUGUUUGGUAAAACUCCGGACCCCGACUUCGAGGAGGCCAUGCUUCUCGAACAGUACCAAGCUCAGAUCAGCUCUGCUUUGACCCCCGCCUUCGCCGCGGACUCUUCGCCCGAGCUGGCUUCAGAAGCUGUUCACAUUUGUGCUGCUUUUAUCUCGACAGGAAUCGUGACGGAUGUCGACCGAAUGGGCCGCAUCCUGAAGACAUUGGUAACAGCGCUCGAAAACUUCUCUAAGGAUUCGGAGACUGCGAGCAUUGGGGAUCUUCAAGGACUUAGCUCCAACGCCCAGAUUAUGGUGAAGAUGUCAGUGUUUUCAGCCUGGGCAGAUCUACAGGUGGCCAGCCUAGAGCAGAAGUAUCUGUAUGAUGUGUUGAAACCGCACAUAGGGACAUUGACUCCUCUUUGGUUGUCUUCGCUUCGUGAAUUCGCUCGACUCCGUUUCGAGCCGGACAUCUCGAUGACUCUUGGGCCCCCGUCUCUUUCCGGCAGCUUGGAUACCAUAUAUGCUGCUUUGAAUCGCGAGACGCUUCUCCGUUUCUACCAAGAAUCGUGGUUGAAACUCGUCGAUGCUAUCGCCAGUCUUAUUGAACAAGACAGCGAGUUCGUCUUCGACGCCCUUGACGGCAAGGAAACCGAAGGGCCCUCAGCCAAUGGCCAUUCCAAAGGAGCGGACAUCAACUAUCGAGAUGAGCCGGUCGCCUUCUUCUUUGUCCUCUUCGGGAUUGCGUUCGAGGCUCUAGCCACUCGUCCCGGCCAAGCCGAUUCGCUGGCAACUCACGAACAGACGCUGGAAAUCCUGCAGGCACUUAAGAAGAUUCUGCACCCAAGCGUGUCGGGCCAUGCAAUCUACAGAGAAGCCAUCUUCUCGGAGACGAUGGAUCUCCUUGACCGACUUGUACUCACCGAAGGUUUAGAUGUACAGGGAGUGAUUGUUGAGAUAGCCCGUGCUUUGUGCGUUGCCCAUCCUUCUGCUCGAAAGCAAGAACAACCCGAGAGCGGCGACUUGUCCGAAGACAUUGAGCAGCUUUUCGAGCUAACCCGCAUUAUUGUCCUUGUGCUGUCGGGCCUUCUGCCCAAUCUCACAGAAGCGAAUCAGCCAGUUCGUCACCAGUUGACCGAGGAAGCUGUCCUACUUAUACGGACCGCGCUCAGUGCCCUUGUUGAUGCAGCCGAGGUGUUUCCUGCUAUCAUCAAGACAGAUCUUCAUGCGUGCAUUAUUCACAUAUUCGCCACCAUCAUCGCCACACCUUCCUGCCAGCAGAUUAUUGUCCCGCAAGCGCUGCCAAUGCUGAAGCGCUUCAUCACCAGCAUGUCCAAUGCCCAGCCAACGGCCGAUGGCAAAGCCCCAUCGACGGUGCAACUGCAAGGGUGCUUGCGCCGCUUCCUGUCUAUCUACCUGCAUGGACAGAAGCGUGAGUCACCUACGUCGCUCCCGUGUGUCAAGAAUUGUCUUCUUGCGACAACUAUUCUCUUCACCGGAGGUCAUAACCGCCUCGCGGUCAAUGAUCCACUAGUCACGCGCUUCCUCGAUGAGGUGAUUGAUUGUCUCACGGAUCGCAUGACUGCUAAGAUCGCUGCGAAUUGCGUUCGCUCCCUCCUCCUCCAGCCGGCGCCCACACUCGCAGACCAGUCAAUUGCGCGUUAUCUCCUGCCACGCCUCAUCGCUUUUGUAACCAACACGGAUCCUGAGGACCCGGAGAAUGCACGCAAGCUGGUUGCCCAUACUCUGACGCAAUACAUUGCUGCCGUCGGCAGCGACCACGCGCAGAUCGUGAUGGCAGUCGUGGCACCCGCGCUGCUCUCGCGUGCCUCAAGCGAGGGCGCCGACGUGUAUCGCGAGACGAGCACUAGGUUGCUGGAAAUGGCGUCUGCGGAUCAAAACGCAUUCCGGGGGAUCGUGGCGGCUAUGAGCGAGGGCCAAAAAGCGUUUAUGGAGGAGGUCAUCCGGUCGGGACGCGCGACGGGUGACGCGGACAAGGGCGCCGUGAGUACCAGCGGACAGCCAACCAUUGCGCUCAAGAUGGACUUUGGUUCAUGA